CGACCGGCUGUUUCGCCCCGCAGCCGCGCGUCCCUCCGCUGGCGCACGUAGUCCCCGGGCGCCGCUCUCCUCGCCGCCGCCGCUUCUCGCCGCCGCCGCCGCCCCGGUGCAGCAGGCGGUUCGUGCGGCCUUGUCGCUGCAGCUGCCGCGCCAGGCCGGCUGUGCCCCGCCUCGGGCGCGGGGAGCGCCCGCUCCGCCGAUCCCUCCGCACGCAGUGAGGUGGUGCGGCCGCGGCCGCCAUUUUGGGAGCCUGGAGCUCGAGGGGAGCGGCGGCCGAAAGCGUUGAUCAUGUUGGGCUCUGGGUUCAAGGCCGAGCGCCUGCGGGUCAACCUGCGCCUCGUCAUCAAUCGCCUCAAACUCCUGGAGAAAAAGAAGACUGAGUUGGCCCAGAAGGCGAGGAAGGAGAUUGCAGAUUAUCUGGCAGCUGGAAAAGAUGAGCGUGCCAGGAUUCGCGUGGAGCACAUCAUCCGUGAAGACUACCUUGUGGAGGCCAUGGAGAUCCUGGAGCUGUACUGUGACCUGCUGCUCGCCCGCUUUGGCUUGAUCCAGUCCAUGAAGGAGCUGGAUUCUGGCCUGGCAGAAGCAGUGUCUACACUGAUUUGGGCUGCACCACGGCUCCAGUCGGAGGUGGCUGAGUUGAAGAUUGUUGCUGACCAGCUGUGUGCCAAGUACAGCAAGGAGUACGGGAAGCUGUGCCGGACAAACCAGAUCGGGACAGUCAAUGACAGGCUGAUGCACAAGCUGAGUGUCGAGGCACCGCCCAAGAUCCUGGUGGAGAGAUACCUCAUUGAGAUUGCCAAGAACUACAAUGUGCCUUAUGAGCCUGACUCAGUGGUGAUGGCUGAAGCCCCUGCAGGCGAAGAGGCAGUUCUGAUUGAUGUGGGAUUCACAGACGAUGUGAAGAAGGGUGGCUCUGGAGGAGGAGGUGGAUUCACAGCCCCAAUGGUUCCCCAUGAUGGACUAGUACCCAUGCCAGUGAUGAUGCCUAUGCCCAUGCCAACACCAAAUCCACCCUUCUCCUACCCACCUCCCAAGGGACCGGACAACUUCAAUGGCCUACCAGUGGGGACCUACCAGCCUUUCCCCGACAUCCAUCCACCACCAAUUCCAGCCAACCCACCAACAUAUGAGUCUAUCGAGGAGCCCAGUGCUGACAAGGACGCCCCCGCGCCGGCGCCUGGGCCCAGGCCCAAAUCUGAAGCUUCUCCUAAACCAGGAGCUGGAGUUCCUGAUGCCUCGGAUAACUUUGUGCUGCCCGAGUUACCAUCAGUGCCAGACACGCUGCCAACAGCCUCUGCUGGUGCCAACUCCUCUGCCUCUGAAGACAUUGACUUUGAUGAUCUUUCUCGGAGAUUUGAGGAGCUAAAGAAGAAAACAUAAAGCUGCCUGGGCUGUAACUCUGGUGUGAGGGGCAGGAGCUGUGGCAGCUGCUUCUCUCUGGAACAGACUCUCCUUCAAACUGGUUUCCUCUAUUAACCUCAAAUGAACAGGCUCUCCUUUUUGAGCUCUCUUCUGCUGUACUUUAACCAAAUGCUGCCGCUUUCCCCAUCUUGGUUGCUCCAGGUAGUGAACUGUGGGGAAUCUUGUGAGGCUGGAGCAGGGAGCCGCCCCUCUCAGUCUGGGUGGUUGGAAAGCUGUGCCUGAUGCUCUGAUGCUGUUCCUGGUUGCUUCCCAUGAAGAAGGGAGGCGAAGGCUGGACAGGACAGGGCUUUCUUCUCUCUCCUGGAGGUAUCAGGGCAGCAUCCCCCGCAAGCUCUGCUUGAGGACCUGUUGGUUGGCUGGUUGGAUGGUGUCCCUUGGUGAAGACUUAAAAUGAAUUGGGGUGGGGGGCAGGUUGAUGGGGGGAUGUGGUGUGCCCCCCAGGCGCUGCAGCACGGCUGCCAUGGCUGCCAGCUUCUGGCCCCAGCUGCAUCUGGCUGCAGUUUGCCAUGGAAGCUGGUGUGCUCUGGCUCCCACUGGACUUGGUGGUCCUGUGGCUGUGUUCUUGGGGGUCUGUUCCUGUUCAUGGGGCAGCUCUUCUGUUCCCCCUGAAGGUGCUGGGAGCACUGUGGGGGGUGCUGGGCCAUGUCACUGGGCACUGAAGGUGUACAGAGAGCUGAAAUGGGGGGGAGUCCAAGGGUCCGUGGGGCAGUGACUUCACUGACCCCAGGGUGAGGGGAGAGGGGUCUCUGCCGCUGUGCUCUGCCCGGGGCAGCUGCUGCUCCUGCCGGCAGGGCUGCUGCGGGCACCGUGUACUUGUGUAACCUGGCUGUAGAUAACACUUUGACACAACUUUUCUUUGGGGUUUUCGGUUCAUUUGUACCUCGUGGGUCAGUUCCUAAUAAAGCCUGGGUUGUGAGCA